AAUGGCGUCUGCUACAGUUGGGUUAUUGCUUCGGCGGCAAAUUUUCGGUAAUCAAUUCUUGGGAAAGAAACUUUAUGAACCAUUUAACCAAUUAAAGGCAACAGUAAUCCGACUCAACAAAUUUCCUUCAAACCAUUCAUAUUCAACACAAGUUCAACAAUUUAAAGAUGUGACAGUUAGUUUAAGGAAUGGCCUUCCUGUUGUUUCUGUGCCUUUACCAUCUCGUCAAGAAAAAUGUGAAUUCACCCUAAAGCCUAUAACUCACACUGUUGGAGAUUUCCUGAAUUUUAUUCAACAAGAAGAUGGUGGUAUUGACAGAUCUGCAAUAUACACAUCAGAUGGGAACAGGAUUGGCAAAUCUACAACUGUUGAUAUUCUUAUGAAGAAUAAUUUUACUUUAUCCAUCAACGAUAAAAAAUAUCAAGUUAACCCUCCUGAGCUCUUUAAAAAUAAACAAAAAGAUGUUGAAUUAAUUGCUGAUGUUAAAACGUUAGUUACUCAACUGUAUUCUGCAUUAGAUAUAGAACAGUAUCAAUUACAAAAAGAUAAAAAAUUAGUAGCCAAACUAGAAGAUCUGAAACAACAAUUAGAACCAUUAGAAAAAAAAAAAGGUGAAUUAGUACAACAAAGUAAUAAGUAUACCAACUUCGUAGCCUGGAUAGGAUGCGGUGCAAUAACAAUAACAGGUGCUUUCUUAGCUAGAUUAACAUGGUGGGAUUAUUCCUGGGAUAUCAUGGAACCUAUUACACAUUUUGUUACAUAUGGUGCUACUAUUGCCAUGUUUUUUUACUUUGUUUUAUGUAAACAUGAAUAUCAUUACGUUGAAGUGAAAGACAGACAGUUUUUGUUAAAGUUCUAUAAAGAAGCCCAGAAAAAGAAUUUUGAUAUAAAAAAAUAUAAUGAUUUAAAAGAUAAUAUAGCACUAAUUGAAUCAGAUAUACAACGUUUACGUGAUCCUUUACAGUUACACCUUCCAGUACAAAAAUUAAAGAAGAUUUAAUUCUAAUCUAUAAAGUAUUGUAAUUGUAAAGAAAAUUACAGAAAACAUAAAUUUGUUUGUUCAAUUUGAAGUUCAAUUGUUAUAAAUUAUAGGUAAUUGUUAAAUUAAAAUGCACAAUUUAUAUUAUAAAAGAGUUUAAAGAUUU